GUCUUGUUUUGACCAGAAAUAUAUAUAAAAACUCAGGAGAACUAUAUUAGUAUAAAUAGAGAUAUAGAUCCUAAUAAAUUUGCAAAUCGAAAACAAGUUUCCUCAAAAGAUUUCCUUCAUAAAUUGCCGACCUACUCUCAUCUCUCUACAGACAACCCCGCCGCAAGAGAUACCUCUCACAAGCCCUCUGUCCCACCCUCCUAAGCGCUCUCUUGCAUUCAAGUUUCCGACAGGAAAGCAAAUUUAUCAUAUCAGAACAGAUGGGCAAACGUAGGACGGAGAUGAAGCUGAUAGAGAAUGAGAAGGCUCGUAAGAGAGUUUUCGAAAAGAGAAGGACUAAUUUGUUAAAGAAGGCCAAGGAGUUAUCAAUUCUUUGUGAUAUCAAGCUACUGCUCAUCAUCUAUGAACAUGGUAAAGUAAAAGCUGAGAUUUGGCCCCAUAAUAAUGUGGAAGCUGAACAAAUCAUCGAGUGGUUCAAGCAGCGGCGUAUUGACAAAACAGCUUGUGAUUCUUCCGCAAGUAAGAGGAGAAGAUUUGGUGACAAAUUUGAUAUAUUGGAUCACAAGAAUAUGGUCAAUCACUACUCCGAGAAUCAACUUCGAAACUUGAUUUUCGAAUUGGAUGCAAAGAUUGCUGCUGUUAUGAACGUAAUUCAAUCAAAACUGGUUCUUAAGGGAGGAGCUGGAUCACCAAAGAACAAGGGGAAGGGAAAGGAAGCUGUUAUCUACCAAGAACCGAUUAAAACCCCACAACACCAGAGUUUUCAGACAUAUUGGCCAAAGAAAAAUUUUAUUAGCUAUCCUGAGUUUGAAAAUAGUAGUAGUAUUCCGUAUGUUCCAUUGCCGGUUCAUUAUGUUGAUCCAUCUUCGAUACAAUCACCUUACAAGGAUGCUAAUUCCUCGAUGGGUUACUACGACCCUAACGUUCACCCUGUUCUUCCAUGCAUUUAUUAUCCAAAGAUGCCUGGUUUUCCCCCUCAGAUGAAUGCUUCAGACUUGGGUUUCUUUCCUCCUUUCAAUUGAUUUUUUUUUCCUUCCCUUUUUUAGGAUUUCUGGAAAUACAUUAUAGUAUUGAUAUUCUUGGAUAAGUGCUGUUUUGUUUUCAUUGGUUAUGACUAUUAUAGGGUCUAGUUGCUUCUGUUUGAAAGUAUUAUAUAGAUGAAAAACAUAUUAUGAAACUCAGUGACAUUGGCUCUGACAUUAUUUUAUUUUAAAGGAGUAAACUCUGUUAUGUUGACAAUAUAUCAAACACCUGGUCUGCAUGCAACUCUCACAAAAAAGAAGAAGAAAAGAACACGAGAACACUUGUUGAAAACCAGUACAAAUCCAUUCAGUACUCAACACAAUUGAAACAUAGCAACAUUGUUCGGCUUCCUAAGAAAUCAAAAAUUUUCUGUUGGAAUCGGAACUAUCUUUAGACAAGUUGGACUCCAAAGAUUCUAAACUAAAACCAUAACCAAUACCCUGUCCAAAUCCGAACCCAAACCCAAUACCACAACCAGCUCCAACCCCAAACGCAAGCCUCAAAUGGUUCCAAGGCCACCCACCAUACCCAAUUCCCCCAACCAAGCCGAAACCAACUCCAACGCCACAACCGAUCCCAGCACCGCCGCCUGGGCCUA